UUAUUAUUGUUCAAACGAUCCAUCACAAUCAAUCACCCAACAACACUUCGAUUUCGAUAUAGAAGAAAAAUGAUUAGGUUUGGGAAGAGGACGAGGAUAACCUCUGAGAAGGAAGUCCUACGGCUUUACCAGCGAGAGGUCGGCGAGCUAUCGCCACGAGCCUUUACUCACACUGCUGGCGCCUCCGAGAAUCUUGUGCUGCAACUUGAUCUCUACAAAAAGCUGGAAAAGCACAGAGGUUGCGUGAACACUGUUAGUUUCAAUGCAGUUGGUGACAUUCUUGUGUCAGGCUCAGAUGAUAGGCUGAUUAAGCUGUGGGAUUGGGAGGCUGGACGUGUUAAACUUUCUUUCCACUCAGGGCACACUAAGAAUGUUUUCCAAGCAAAGAUCAUGCCAUUCACAGAUGAUCGUAACAUUGUCUCAUGUGCUGCUGAUGGGCAGGUGAGACAUACUAAGAUCCUUGAAAAUGGAAAGGUGGAGACAGUAAUGCUCGGGAAGCAUCAAGGAAGAGCUCAUAAGUUGGCCAUUGAGCCUGGAAGCCCUCACAUAUUUUACACCUGUGGUGAAGAUGGAUUUGUCCAGCAUUUUGAUUUGAGAACUGGAUUUGCUACUGAGCUCUUCGCAUGCAAAUCUUUCCAUGAUAAAUCAAGAUACAGCAUUGUUCAUCUAAACACAAUCGCCAUUGAUCCAAGAAAUCCAAAUUUCUUUGCUGUUGGGGGCACUGAUGAAUAUGCUAGGCUUUAUGACAUCCGCAAAUACAAGUGGGAUGGAUCUACUGAUAUUGGUCAACCUGCAGAUUCCUUCUGCCCCUCACAUAUGAUCAGUGAUAGGGAGGCGGUAAUUACAGGCUUAUCCUUCUCAUAUCAGAGUGAGCUUCUUGUGUCUUACAAUGAUGAGCAUAUCUAUCUUUUCACGAGGGAUAUGGGACUGGGAUCCAAUCCUAUUGCAUCAUCAUCAUCAUCUGGGGAUGGCGAAGCCGCUGAAUCUGAUCCAGUAUCCAUAUCAUCUCUGUCUACUCAGGAUUCAGAUGAGAGAUCUAUGCCCCAAGUCUAUACUGGGCAUAUGAAUUGCGAAACGGUGAAGGGUGUUGGCUUCUUUGGCCCCAACUGUGAGUAUGUGGUGAGUGGAUCUGACUGUGGUCGGAUCUUUAUUUGGAGGAAGAAAGGUGGGCAACUCCUGCGUGCAAUGGAAGCAGACAAGCAUAUCGUUAACUGUAUUGAGCCGCAUCCUUAUGCCACCUUUCUCGCUAGUAGUGGCAUUGAGAAUGAUGUCAAGAUAUGGAUUCCCAAGGCCUCUGAGAGAGCUUCUCUGCCGGUGAACCUUGAACAGGUUCAGAAAACUGGUCGAAAGACUUGCUUGUUCCCCAUUGAUUAUUAUUUCGAAGACAAUGAUGAUGACUUUGUUGUUGACGGCGACGAUGACGAUGAUGAAUAUGAUGAUGAUGCCAAUGAUGACGAUGACGACGACGACGACGACGACAACGAUGAUGAUGAUGAUGAUGAUGAUGACGAUGAUGACGACGACGACGGUUCUAAUGGUGGUGCUGUUGAUGAUGAUUGUAUGGAUGCUGUACCCAGUUGAAACGUCAGAGAAAGCACUUGCCGUAUAGGAUAUCAUAUCCCCAGGAGCUAAUGUUUCAGAUCUUAUCACUGCAAAGACAGAGAUCAAGAUCAGAUUCUGUUGAAGAGGAUAGUGAGCCAAGCAGGGAAUUGC